GUUGUGGCUUGCUUUUUCCUCUCUUCUUCCCAAACUCGCACCUGACACCUGCAUAAGACAUCAUGCCUGUUGAAAGAGAGAGCCCUCGCUUCCUUCCUGAACCACCCCUUUCUGUGUCUUUGGAAGAUCUGGAAAUGAAUGGACUACUACCUGAAUUUUUGGAUGAAGACUCUUCUUCUUCCUCUUCUACAACUGCCGGCUAUGAUGAUGAGGCCACUGAGGAGGAGUCUUCUCUGGAGGAGACCAAUGCAGAGGAGAUUUCUAAUGUAGAUCUGCUCAGGGUUUGCCAGGGUCUGCAACGUGGAUAUGGUUUUUCCUCUUUUUCAGACACUGAAUCUGAGGAAGAUGACCCGGCAGGGGGCAGUACAAAUGCCUUACUGUCCCAGCCAGUCCUUCAAAGCUUUUUCCUAUCUCCCAUAGAGGAGAAAGUGGCUAUAUUGGUGAAUUUUCUGCUGCUCAAGUAUCAAAACAAAGAGCCAAUCACCGCAGAAGACAUGGUGAAUAAUGUCAUCAAAGAGUACAAAGAUAACUUUGCUGAGAUCCUGAAGAAAGCCAAUGAACGCUUGGAGACAGUAUUUGGCCUUGAAGUGAAGGAAGUAGACCCCACCAACCACUCUUAUGCGAUCUUCAUUAAACUAGGUCUCACCUAUGAUGGCAUGUUGAGUGAAACAGAAGGGAUGCCAAAGACUGGCCUUUUGAUUCUUCUUUUGGGUAUAAUCUUCCUGAAAGGCAACCGUGCCACUGAAGAAGAAGUGUGGCACGUGCUGAAUAAGAUGGGCAUAUAUGCUGGGGAAAAGCACUUCAUUUAUGGGGAACCAUUUAAAUUCAUCACGGGAGAGUUGGUUCAGGAAAAUUAUGUGGAGUAUAAGCAGCUACCAAAUACAGAGCCUCCAUGUUAUGAGUUUGUGUGGGGUCCAAGAACCUACACUGAAAUCAGCAAGAUGAAGCUCCUCGAGUUUUUAACAAAGGGCUAUGGAGGUACCCCAGAUUCUCUCCCGGAUCAGUAUGCAGAUGCUCUAAAAGAGGAAGAAGAGCGAGCCCAAGCUCUAGCUACAGCCAAGAUUGACUCUAAUGCCACUACCGUGUCCUUGGAGAGUCCCGGUGCCACUUCCAGCAGCUGUUCCCCACCCCAGUUCAUUUUCUAUUUAUCCUCUUGCCUGCUGUUACCCACAAGAGUCAUCAUGUCUCAGGAAAUGGAUCAAGUGUGCUCUCCCACUUUUAAUGAAGACGAAGACCUGGAUAUUGCAAUGGCCUUUGCAUCUCUGGAGGAGACCUCUUUAUCUCCCUCCGAUUCUCCAAUGCCUGGUAACCUGGAGGAGGCUCCUGAUGCUGCAAUUGCCAGUGCUUCCCAGGGCCCUCAAAGUGAAAUUGCAUCUUCAACCAACAUCACAGAAGCCUCAUCAGAGAAAUCAGAUGAAGACUCCAACAGCGAAGAAGAAGAUAGUUCAGGCACCUCAGAUUCUCCUUCAGAAGAGAUUGCACUCCAAGAGCCUCUUGAUGAAUUGGUGGCGUUGUUGGUGAAAUUCCUGCUGUUCAAGUAUCAAACGAAAGAGCCAAUUACAAAGGUAGAUAUGCUGGAGGUUGUCAUCAGAGAGUUCGGAGACCAUUUCCCUGAAAUCCUCCUGAAAGCCUCUGAACGCCUGGAGAUAGUUUUUGGCCUUGACCUGAAGGAAGUGGAUCCCAUCAACCACAGUUAUCAUAUGUUCAUCAAGUUGGGCCUUACCUAUGAUGGCAUGCAGACCAACGAAGAGGGCAUGCCGAAGACCGGAGUCCUGAUUCUUAUCUUGGGUGCGAUCUUCAUGAAGGGCAACCGAGCCACUGAAGAGGAAAUCUGGAAAAUUCUGAAUAAGAUGGGGAUAUAUUCUGGGCAGAAGCAUUACCUCUUUCUCGAUCCCAGGAAGUUCAUUACCAAAGAGUUGGUGCAGGAAAAAUAUCUAGACUACAGGAAGGUGACCAAUAGUCAUCCCCCACAAUAUGAAUUUCUGUGGGGUCCAAGAGCACAUGCUGAAACCUCAAAGAUGAAAGUUCUGGAGUUUUUGGCCAAGAUCCAUGGGACUGACCCAAGUUCUUUCCCAUCCCAGUAUGAAGAGGCUUUAAAAGAUGAGGAAGAACGAGCCAAUGGUGCAGCCAUUCUGGAAGCAACCCUCAAAGCCUGGGAGGAAAUGCCACAUAUUGCAUUUAAAUAAUCAAGAGAAUGCAAUGUUAUCUUUGGGCCCCAAUACUAAAUAUGUAACUUCACGAUUUACCCUUUAUUUUGUAGACGGGUCUUACUUAAAUGGUCCUUAGUAGUAGGUUUAGCUUUAGAAUUUGUAAGUCACCUUUAUUGCUGUUUUUGAGAUUUAGAAGUAACCUCUCUCUUGUUCUGUAAUAAUGUAUUGGGAAAACACCAUUGUAUUUUGUGAUCCAGGAUAAGCAUUGCGAUAGGCACUUUUCUGGAAGCAAGCAUGGUAUCACUAUGGUAUCAGCUUUAAAAUUGGUGGGAUCGAGAGAGAACAAAGUUAAAGAUGAUAAAACCAUGGCUCCCUUGAUAUUGUUUUAGUGUAGUCUACAAAAUUAGAUUGACAGGCACAUCGAUUUUCUUGGCGUUUUCAAGAUCAUAUGAGAAAUAAAGUUUGAUAAAUUCCA